ACGGUAUGAUGGCGUUUUAGUUGCGUCUACUUUUUCAAGAGAGAGUGAGAGGGAAUUGCGACUUCUUAGAUUGCUGUGUUACAACUGUGGUUGUUAUAGAGAGACGAAGUUUUUUUUCUUUUAAUUAUAUUAAAAACUACGUAUCAAUAAUUGUAGAUUUUUAUACUGCAUAGAAGUUGAAAGCUUCCUUUUUAAGUGUUCUAUUAGCUCUAUAUCAAAAUGGAAUCCAGGACUGAGUUUAAAAUAAAGUCCCCACCGACUGAUGCGAUUUCUGCAGUAGAAUUUGGACCAAACUCCACGCAAUUUCUAUUAGUAUCAUCAUGGGACAGUACAGUACGAUUGUACGAUAUUCAUGCGAAUACUAUGAGACUGAAGUAUAAUCAUGAUUUACCAGUAUUGGAUAUCGCAUUUCAAGAUGCUGUUCAUGCGUAUAGUGGUGGUUUAGGAAACACUUUAAAGAUGUAUGAUAUCAACAGUACUACUGAGUCUGUUAUGGGUACACAUGACAAGCCAAUCAGGAAGAUUGAAUACUGUGCAGCUGUGAAUGCAAUAUUAACUGGUGGUUGGGAUGCUGCAGUAAAAUUGUGGGAUCCGAGAACACCUACUUGCGUUGGCAGUUAUUUGCAACCAGAUGUGGUGCUUGCUUUGUCUGUAUGCGGUGACAAAUUUGUGGUUGGAACGGCAAAAAGAAAAGUUUGCAUUUGGGAUUUGAGGAACAUGGCUGGCAUGUUUCAAAGACGAGAAAGUAGUCUAAAAUAUCAAACACGUUGUAUCAAAGGAUUCCCUAACGAACAGGGAUAUGUAUUAAGUAGUAUAGAGGGCCGAGUUGCUGUCGAGUAUCUCGACACAAUGCCGGAAGCUCAGAAGAAGAAAUACGCUUUUAAGUGUCACAGGAUAAAGGAAAAUAAUGUCGAGCACAUUUAUCCCGUAAAUGCUAUUAGUUUUCAUUCCGCGUACAACACAUUUGCAACUGGUGGUUCGGAUGGUUACGUGAACAUUUGGGAUGGUUUUAACAAGAAACGCUUGUGUCAGUUCCACCGGUACAACGCUGGUGUUGCUGCACUUAGUUUCAGUCAUGACGGCUCUGUACUUGCGAUAGGUGUCUCAUAUUUGAAUGAAACUGAAAUUCCACCUGGUGGUAGUGACGAGCAAGAAAUUUACAUAAGAUAUGUCAACGAUCAGGAAACUAAGCCAAAGUAACAGUCAAGAAUAGUAACAUAAAACGAUUGAUAUGAUUAGAAAAACUUCUAAGACGCUAUGUAUUUGUAACAGGGAGAACAGAUAAGAGGAGAAACAUUCUGUAAGUUAUAUAAAUUGUAAAUAAAUAUUCUAACUAAAUUAA